GGUAAAACCCAAAAAUAAAUUUCCAUUUCCACCAAACAUUAAGAAGUAUUAAAACCAGAGAAAAAAAUAAAUCACAUUCACAUCCAUUGAAUUUGCAUCAAUGAAGAAACAAACCGCAGGCGGUGGAUCAUCGUCGUCGUCGUCGUUGUCAUCGACGACAACGACGACGACCAAGCCUGUACAUACAGUUUUACCCUAUCAGACAUCAAGAUUACGGGACCACUAUUUAAUUGGCAAGAAACUCGGCCAAGGUCAAUUCGGAACCACCUAUUUAUGUACAAACAAGGCAACAAACAAAUUAUACGCGUGCAAAUCAAUCCCGAAGAGGAAACUGUUAUGCAAAGAAGAUUAUGAAGAUGUAUGGAGGGAGAUCCAGAUCAUGCAUCAUUUAUCUGAGCAUCCGAACGUGGUGCGAAUCAAGGGCACUUAUGAAGAUUCAAUGUUCGUUCAUCUGGUUAUGGAGUUAUGCGCGGGUGGGGAGCUUUUUGAUCGGAUUGUUGCUAAGGGUCAAUACAGUGAAAAAGAAGCGGCCAAAUUGAUUAAAACGAUCGUUGGGGUUGUUGAGGGUUGUCAUUCUUUAGGUGUUAUGCACAGAGAUCUUAAGCCUGAGAAUUUCUUGUUUGAUACUCCUGCUGAUGAUGCUAAGCUUCAAACUACUGAUUUUGGCCUUUCUGUUUUUUACAAGCCAGGACAAUAUUUCUCUGAUGUAGUUGGGAGUCCAUAUUAUGUUGCACCCGAGGUCUUGCUCAAGCGUUAUGGACCUGAAGUAGAUGUCUGGAGUGCAGGUGUCAUCCUUUACAUCUUGUUAAGUGGGGUUCCACCUUUCUGGGCAGAAACUGAAUCGGGAAUUUUCAGACAGAUUUUACAAGGAAAAAUAGAUUUUGAAUCUGAUCCAUGGCCCAAAAUCUCAGACGACGCAAAAGAUUUGAUCCGGAAGAUGCUUGAAAGGGACCCGAGGCUGAGGAUUUCUGCUCAUGAAGUUCUAUGUCACCCAUGGAUCGUGGAUGACAGAGUUGCCCCAGACAAACCCUUGGAUUCUGCGGUCUUGUCACGCCUGAAGAAAUUUUCAGCCAUGCACAAGCUUAAAAAGAUGGCUUUGCGUGUUAUAGCAGAAAGACUUUCUGAAGAGGAGAUCGGUGGUUUAAAAGAAUUGUUUAAAAUGCUUGAUACAGACAAUAGUGGGACAAUAACAUUUGAGGAACUUAAAGAGGGUUUGUUGAGAGUCGGUUCUGAAUUAAUGGAAUCUGACAUCAAGGCUCUUAUGGAAGCGGCUGAUAUAGACAACAGUGGAACAAUAGACUAUGGUGAAUUUCUUGCCGCUACUUUGCACUUAAAUAAGAUGGAGAGAGAGGAAAAUUUGCUUGCAGCCUUCUCCUAUUUCGACAAAGAUGGUAGUGGUUACAUCACAGUCGAUGAGCUUCAACAAGCUUGCAAAGACUUCGGUUUAGAUGAUUUACAUCUGGAGGAAACGAUUAAAGAGAUUGAUCAAGAUAAUGACGGACGGAUUGAUUAUGCAGAGUUCACUACAAUGAUGAGAAAGGGAGACGACCAAGUUGGGAGGCUCAAAUCAAUGAGAAGUAAUCUAAACUUUAACUUAGCUGAUGCGCUUGGGGUCAAGGAUUUGAAAAUAAAUAUUAAGUGAAACAAAUGCUCCAAGAUGAGUUCUUAAAGGUUUUCUUUUUACUGUUUUUGAAGAUUUCUAUUAUUCUUAAUUUUCAUGAUAAAGUUUUCUAAUAGCUGAUUUACGCUCCGUGGAAAGCUCAACAAAAACAAUAGCAUGUACUCUGCUGUUGAACACUAGCAAUUCAUCAAUUGUUUAGAGGUUGAACUGCAGGAUCAGUAUGACUGUUUUGACAGAAGCUGCAAUUCAUACAGUUAAAUAAGUGCAGAUGCUUUCAUUGUUGAUUUUCUAGCCAUGGGGUUGCUGGAACACUUUUUUUGUUUUUUUGAAAUAUAAUGUCAUUUUGUUCAUAAUAAAUAGCUGUGUUUUACAGUUGUAUUCUAUUGUAUGAUUAUUAUUCAUUGUUUACUCCAUUGGAAUAUUUAUUUAUUGGUUUUUCUAACAUUAAAUUGAACGAUGAUGUCAAAUUUAGAGUGUUACAGUAUAUGUGAUUUGUUAAA